AUGGACUGUGAAGGGUGCGAAAGGAAGGUUCGAAAAUCGGUCGAUGGCAUGAAAGGCGUGAGCUCGGUGGAAGUUUCCCCGAAGCAGAGCAAGCUAACGGUAAUUGGCUAUGUCGACCCGCAUAAGGUUUUGGCUCGUGUGCUCCACCGAACGGGCAAAAAAGCCGAGUUUUGGCCGUAUGUGCCGUAUGAUGUGGUGGACCACCCGUAUGCACCGGGUGUAUACGACAAAAAGGCACCGGCUGGUUAUGUUCGGGACUCGGAGGAUCCUCGGGUUUUGCAACUUGCACGCGCGAGUUCGACUGAAGUUAGGUAUGUCACGGCUUUUAGCGACGAAAAUCCCACGGCUUGUAGGAUUGUGUGA